GGUUAAGGAAAGGAGCCGGGGUUUUGCUGAUCUCGCGGCCGGCGGGUCGUCUUCCUUCUCGGGCGGGCGGGGAGGCAGGCAGAUGAGGCCGGCCUUGCCCUAGCUGCGCUAGAGCGGCGCGAGGAGCCUUCCCUUCCGGUGCAAUAUGUUCAAAAGAAUGGCUGAGUUCGGGCCUGACUCUGGUGGGAGAGUGAAGGGUGUAACUAUUGUGAAACCCAUUGUUUAUGGUAAUGUUGCCCGCUAUUUUGGCAAGAAACGAGAAGAAGAUGGGCAUACUCAUCAGUGGACAGUUUAUGUUAAGCCCUACAGAAAUGAGGAUAUGUCUGCUUAUGUAAAGAAAAUCCAGUUCAAGUUACAUGAGAGCUAUGGUAAUCCACUGAGAGUGGUAACUAAACCACCAUAUGAAAUCACUGAAACGGGCUGGGGUGAAUUUGAAAUCAUCAUCAAGAUAUUUUUUAUUGAUCCUAAUGAAAGGCCGGUGACUCUCUAUCAUUUGCUGAAGCUGUUUCAGUCUGAUACAAAUGCCAUUUUGGGAAAGAAAACUGUUGUUUCUGAAUUUUAUGAUGAGAUGAUUUUUCAGGAUCCUACUGCUAUGAUGCAGCAAUUGCUAACUACAUCUCGUCAGUUAACACUUGGUGCUUAUAAGCAUGAAACAGAAUUUGCCAGUGUAGAAGUAAAAACUCGAGAGAAGUUGGAAGCUGCUAAGAAGAAGACCAGUUUUGAGAUUGCAGAACUUAAAGAAAGAUUAAAAGCAAGCCGUGAAACUAUCAACUGUCUAAAAAAUGAAAUCAGGAAGCUUGAGGAUGAUGAUCAAUCCAAAGAUAUAUAAUACCUAUUUACUACUUUAAGAGACUUCACAUGAAACCUAUUUUGAUCAUGGAACCAAUAACACAUCCUCUUUUCUAGGAAGAACUGCAUAUAGGCAUUCUGGAGAGAUUUUUUUGAGGGCAAAAGGAAAGGAAUUCAGAAUGUGGCAUUUCACUAAAUAUUUUUAAAAUAAAGAAUAUUUUCAUAGUUUAAGUUACAGUUGCCUUCACAUACUUUUAAAACUGUGACUUUCUCUUGUUCAUGUUGUAAUUUAUUGAGGAUUAUAUGAAAUCCUACUGUUAUACUGUUGUUAAAUGUGUACUCAGAGCCCUACUUAUUUACACAAAGCAUCACUGCCCUAAAGAGAAGCAAAAUCUUUGUACUAUAGGCAGCUAAACUAAGUCUCCUAUGAGUUGUUUCCAGAUUUCUUAGAAACUUGAGCUAGAAACGCUCUACAAAGAAAUAUCACUGGUAGGUUUAUACUGACAAAUGACAAAACUGAUCUUGAUCCUGUUUGGAGACAAUAUGUCUGUUGUUUUAGAGUUCUAGUAAUAAAAGUAAUAUGUGAAAC